UGGCGCUGCGUGGGUAGCUUCUUAGGCGUUUCCGGUUCGGGGUAGGGCCGGCACCCGGGUCUCUGGGCUGGCAGCUUUUGCACUCUUGGCGUUGCGUUCGCGGCAUCUUGGGGGUCACAUGAGCCAGUGGCAUCAUGUCGGUGGUCACUGGGGCCAGGAUCGCGUCUUUUCUGGACAUUCGUCAGCCAAGAAGAAGGGCGGAAACCACAUCCCCGAAAGGUGGAAAGACUACCUCCCAGUUGGACAGAGGAUGCCUGGGACUCGUUUCAUUGCUUUCAAAGUUCCCUUGAAAAAGAGUUUUGAAAAGCAUCUUGCCCCAGAAGAAUGUUUUUCCCCCUUGGAUCUUUUUAACAAAAUCCAAGAACAGAAUGAAGAACUUGGACUGAUUAUUGACUUAACAUAUACUCGCCGCUAUUAUAAGCCAGAGGAAUUACCAGAAAAUAUUCCUUAUUUAAAAAUUUAUACAGUUGGGCAUCAGGUUCCUGAUGAUGACACUAUUUUUAAAUUCAAAAAUGCUGUUAAUGGGUUUUUGAGAGAAAAUAAAGAUAAUGACAGACUUAUUGGUGUCCACUGUACCCAUGGUUUAAACAGGACUGGCUACCUCAUCUGCAGGUAUUUGAUUGAUGUAGAAGGCAUGAGGCCAGAUGAUGCAAUUGAAUUAUUCAAUAGAUGCCGUGGACAUUGCUUAGAAAGGCAAAACUACAUUGAUGACCUUCGCAACGGUCCCAUCAGAAAUUUGAGGAAUUGGGAUUCCAGUGUAUCUAGAAAAAGAGGUUUUGAAGAUUCAACACAUAUGAUGGAGCCAGUUUUCACAGCUACUAAGCCUGUUAACCAAAGACCUAAGCAUAACAUACAUCAGACCCAAGGUUACCCAGAGCCUCGGCAUUUCCAUACCUGGACUCAAGAUCUACAGCGGUCAGAAAGAAAAUUUUCCCAGAAUUGGAACAUUUACCAGAGAUGCCAUGUCCCUCCUCCUGGUCCCCCUGGAGAGGACUAUUUCCAGCGGAGAUACUCUUGGAAUGUAAAGCCAACUGCCAGUCAAGGAGGCCCGAACAAAAGGUUUUCUCCUGGCAGUUACUACAGAGUACCCUAUUCAGCCUAUUACAGAUGGACCAAGUGACACAUGUCUACCCUGGAAAUCUGUCUGCAGACAGAGCAGGACUCAAAUCAGCAAGUGACUUUUUGUAAGAUCAGGUCAAAUGAGGUUUAUAAUCUAUUUUAUUGCUCCCUUAUGUGCUCAAGCUUAAGGAGAAAUUCUAUUGAUACUUACUACUGCUGACAGAUUUGCAGUAUUUACAACAGUGAAGGAAAUGAUCUGUCAUUCCACUCUUAAAUUUUUUUUAAAGGAAGAUGAUAUUUUAGAACUGAUAAAGGUAAUAAAGAAUAUCCCUUGUAAAUUAAUGAAAAAUUCUA